AUGGCUUCGGCGGAUGUCUAUCUAGCCUCGGAGCCGGCGAGAUGGAAGUACCUCGACAAUGUUCGGACACGCUCCGGUCCCCAUACAAAUCCCGAUAUUUUCGAUGGCAAGUUGGUAGCCGAGGCUAUGGAGAACAUGAAGGUCUUAGUAAUUGGUGCUGGAGGUCUAGGUUGUGAGAUCCUGAAGAACCUCGCUCUAUCCGGCUUCAAGAACAUUCACGUCAUCGAUAUGGACACGAUCGAUAUCUCCAACCUGAAUCGGCAAUUCCUCUUCCGGCAAGCGGACGUCGGGAGUUUCAAGGCCGAGGUGGCGGCCCGGUUCGUCCAGAGACGAGUAAAGGGGGUCAAGAUCACGCCGCACAACUGCAAGAUUCAGGACUUUGAUGAGGACUUCUACAUGCAGUUCCAGCUCCUUGUUUGCGGGCUCGACAGCAUCGAGGCGCGUCGUUGGAUCAACGCCACUCUCGUCAAUAUGGUGGACGAGGAUGCCGAGGAUAGCUACAAGCCGCUGAUAGAUGGCGGCACCGAAGGGUUUAAGGGACAGGCGAGGGUGAUUAUUCCCACCGUGACCUCGUGCAUCGAGUGCCAACUCGACAUGCACGCGCCGCGGGCGGCCGUGCCGCUCUGUACCCUUGCGAGCAUACCGAGGCAGCCAGAGCACUGCAUCGAGUGGGCUCAUGUCAUCGCGUGGGACAAGGAGAAGCCGUUCCCGAGCCUGGAUAAGGACGACCCGGAGCACAUUACCUGGCUGUACCAAAAGGCGCUGAUCCGGGCGCACGAGUUCAAGAUCCCGGGCAUCACGUACGCGCUGACGCAGGGGGUCGUGAAGAACAUCAUCCCGGCCAUCGCGGCGACUAACUCGGUUAUCGCCGCGGCGUGCUGCAAUGAGGCACUCAAGAUCGCGGCCAACUGCGCGCCCUGCCUAGGCUUCCCUGACGAGAACAACUACAUGAUGUACUCUGGUAACGACAGCAUCUACACGUACACAUUCCGCCACGAGAAGAAGGACGACUGCCCCGUGUGCGGCAACCUGGCGCGCGAGUUGAUCGUCGAUCUAGACUGGACGCUGCGCGAGCUCGUCGAGUCGUUCGCCGUGCGGCCCGAGUCCCAACUCAAGAAGCCCUCGAUCCGCUCCGACCACAAGACGCUCUACAUGCAGUCACCGGCCAGCCUGGAAGCGAAGUCGCGCCCCAACCUGGACAAGACGCUGGCGGAGCUCGGCCUGUCCAGCGGCGACGAGAUCGGCGUGACGGACCCGGCGUUUGCGACGGUCUCGUUCAAGUACAAACUUAAGUUACAGAAGUAA